AUGUUGAAAAACACCUCCAACGCCAUAAAAAUCCAAAAAUUCAUCCUAACAUUGACCGGUCUGUGGCCGGAGGAACACCCAACUCUGUAUGGGAAAAUCUCAGGAAGAAUCUCCGUCGUAACAGCAAUAAUAUUCACUGCCACGCUGAUUGCCGAAGCCAUCAAACAAAUCGGCAACUACGUGGUCCUCAUAGAGCACCUUUCACUGAUAAUAUCCCCUACGUCUUUCUUGAUCAAACUGAUUAUGUUCCUGCGAAAGACUGGCCAGUUCGUGAGGUUAUACCGGAAUUUGGAUAUGGACAUUUUCAACAAACAUCCUGACCAAUUCAACACGAUUAAAAGGAAAUCUGAGACAACCAGCGCUGUAAUUGGCUUGUCGUACAUGUUCUCAUGCUUCGUGAUUACCUUCUUUUUUUGUGCGAGACCCCUGUACACAUCAGCGAAUAUGCCUGUAAGAUUUUCAUUUGAAAUGGGACAGUAUAAGCCUAUCGUGGCUGUGUUUCAAAUAUUCUGUAUGUUCAACGCAGCACUGAGCAAUUCUUGCCUGGACGUGAUCGCAAUGACUCUAAUGGGUAUAGCUUCGGUCCAAAUUGACAUCUUAAAUCGAAAUAUAACCAACUUUAAAAAGGAAUGCGAUGAAAGUGCGACAGGAACUGAUGGUUACAUUCGCUAUCUAAACCACUGCGUGAAACAUCACAAUGAAAUUAUAAGAUAUAUUGGGGAUAUAGAAGAAGUAUUUUCAUUGGUAUUCUUGGCUCAGUAUUUGACAAGCGGUGCUUUGAUUUGCAAUAUCGGAUUUCUGUUAGUACAUAUUCGUGGGCUAAAUCUGCAGUUCUUCAACACGGUCUUCUAUUUCGCAGCGAUGAUGUGCCAACUAGGGAUGUAUUGUUGGUUCGGGAAUGAAAUUAUCGUGAAGGUAAACAUAUGCGCGAUCUUCUUGAGCUCAGAUACGAAAACAGCCUGCUACGAAUCGGACUGGAUAGACUGCGAAGUUAAGGUCCGCAAAAUAUUAAUUAUUAUAAUGGAGCGUAGCAAGAGACCACUGUUCCUGACAGCGGGGAAGUUUUCAGUGCUUUCUUUAAACUCAUUUACUACAGUAAUGAACUCGUCUUACACUUAUUUUGCUUUAAUGCAAAAACUUUACAGCAAGACAAACAAUUAG